AUGCAUUGCAGUAGCGAGUAUCCACUUUUUAUUCCACGCCAAAACUUUUGCUCGUAUGGUGGGGAAGCUUCAUGGUACAACAGAAGUUGCAGUAAUUCUGGAAGUUCAAGUGACUUUGGAGUUACCUCAAUGGAAUCUGAUAGAAAACCUCGGUUGGAUUCUUCUAGUAGUAGUAGUUUCAACUGUGCUUCUGCUUCCCUGCACUCGAUAGAAUCACACAAGGAUCUGCAGAAAGGCAUAGCACUUCUCAAGAAAAGGGUUGCCUGCAUUAUUGCAUACUGUUACAACACAUUAUGUUUAGAAGUUCCUGCCGAAGCCUCUACUUUCGAAACAUUUGCAAGAUUGUUGGCUACACUUUCUUCUUCAAAGGAAGUUCGAUCUGUGUUUUCUUUGAACAUGUCUGGUUCAAGGGCAUCCAAGCAAGUCCAACAACUGAACAAAUCUGUUUGGAGCGUAGAUUCAGCCGGGUCAUCUAGCACUUUGAUGGAGAGUGGACAUGUGCCAGUAUUGAGAAAUACAUUUGACAAUGCUCUUCCAAGUUCUAUUGCUAGUUUGCCGCAUUCACAUAACGUGCAAGUUAAAACCCUGAUAGAGUUUCUUUCAUUUUUCUCAAAUGUAGUGGUAAAUAUGUUCUAUUUCAGUGAUUGA